AUGGAGAAUAAGAACAACGUGACCGAGUUUGUUCUGGGGCUCACACAGAAUCCGCAGAUACAGAAAAUCAUAUUUGUUGUGUUUUUGGUGGUCUACAUCAUCUCUGUGGUAGGAAACGUGCUCACCAUGUUCACCACCACUGCCAGCCCAUUAUCAGGGUCCCCCAGGUACUUUUUCCUGGCUCAUCUCUCUUUAAUUGAUAUUUGCUAUUCCUCUGUCAAUAGCCCUAAACUGAUUGCAGAUUCACUGCAUGAGAAGAAGACCAUUAUAUUCAAUGGAUGCAUGACCCAAAUCUUUGGGGAACAUUUCUUUGGAGGUGCUGAAGUCAUCCUGCUUACUGUGAUGGCCUAUGACUGCUAUGUGGCUAUCUGCAAGCCCCUGCACUACAUAACCAUCAUGAACUGGCAGGUGUGUUGGGUGCUAAUGACAGUGUCAUGGGUAGGAGGUUUUAUUCAUGGAAUCAUACAGAUCCUCUUCAUCUUCCAAUUACCCUUCUGUGGCCCUAAUGUCAUAGAUCACUUUAUGUGUGAUCUGAAUCCUUUACUCAAACUUGCUUGCACUGAUACCCACACUCUAGGGUUCUUUGUUGCUGUCAAUAGUGUUUUCCUCUAUCUGUUGAACUCCCUCCUCUUGAUGGGCUUCUAUGUGGUCAUCCUGUGCACCCUAAGGACCCACAGUUUGGAGGGGAGGCGCAAGGUCCUCUCCACUUGUGUCUCCCAUGUCACAGUUGUCAUCCUACUGCUGGUGCCCUGCUUAUUUAAGUACCUGAGAUCAUCAGUUACUUUACCUAUUGAUAAAGCAGUUGCUGUAUUCUACACAUUGGUAACUCCCAUGUUAAAUCCCUUAAUCUUUACCUUGAGAAAUGCUUAG